AUGGACCCUCAGACCACGAGCAACACGGACUCGCUUCCGACUCCAUACCUCUAUGUCUCUCAUUUCCUAUCCAUGUGGAAUUCCAGAGGCUUCGAGUUUGGCGCUGUCCUAUUUCUAGCCACGAUCUACCCAAGCACGUUGCUUCCCAUGUCAAUUUAUGCCUUGGUUCGAGCUCUGGCUGCCAUCCUCCUCUCCCCUAAAGUUGGUAGCUACAUCGACAAGGCUCACCGACUUCAUGUCGUUCGACUUUCCAUAGUUGGACAGCGGAUUGCGGUCGUCUUCUCCUGUGGUUUGUUCUCCGUCGCUCUUCAAUCGAACCAACUGAUGUUGGACUAUUCCCUGUUUCUCAUCUUCCCUUUACUCGUGAUAUUUGCUUGUCUCGAGAAGCUCUUCGCUAUCAUGAAUACCGUUGCAAUCGAGAGGGAUUGGGUCCUCGUCAUUUCAGCCGAUAAUGAUGGUGCACUCCAAGUCCUUAACGCUCAAAUGCGACGGAUUGAUCUCAUCUGCAAGUUGCUCUCUCCACUGGGGAUCGCACUUCUACAUUCUUGGUCAGCGAAGCUGGCUGUUUGGGUCACCUUGGCUACCAAUGCUACAUCUGUCCUCGUCGAAUAUUGGUUUAUUGCCAAAGUCUUCUGGCAGGUACCGACUCUUGGUCAGCAGGCCCAUCCUCUAGAAGAUAAUGAUGCUAUGGAGGCAAAUCUCAUAUCAUCUGAGAUGACGGAAUCAACACGAUCACGCAGUGGUCCCAUGCAGAACAUGGUCCAGUUAUUAUCUAAACCUCUCGUCUCUUAUAUCGGUCAAACAGGAUUCUUGCCUUCUCUGGCUUUGUCAACACUGUAUUUGACAGUGUUGUCAUUCUCGGGCCAGAUGAUCACUUUCCUAUUGUCAAAUCCGAGUCCAGUCUUCACGGCGAGUACUAUUGGAUUGCUGCGAAUGGUUUCAACACUGGCAGAACUGUUAUCCACCUUCGCAGCACCGAGUCUCAUGUCAAAAAUUGGUCCAGUACGAGCCGGUAUAUGGUUCCUGUCGUGGCAGGCAGCAUGUCUCACUCCGGCUGUUUAUGUCCUAUGGACCGGCUUUCACGGUCUCGGCCAGGCCUCCCUGCCCCUUUUCGUCACUACCUUGAUCUUCUCACGGUUCGGGCUAUGGUCAUUCGAUCUCUGUGCUCAACUUAUUAUUCAAGAAUCGGUCAUACCGUCACAUCGAGGCUCGUUUUCUUCAUUCGAAGCAUCAAUUCAAAACUUUUUCGAACUCUGUGCUUUUGCUCUGACUAUCAUCUUUCCAAGGCCACAGCAAUUCUGUUAUCCAGCAUUGGUAUCCUUGGCAGCCGUAUACUGCUCAGCAGGACUGUAUGCAAAAUUCGUCCGCGAUCGCCGGGGCCAUCUUCUUCACAUGCCCUCAUGUCUAAAGGUUCACCAAGUCACGUAUGAUGGUAACGAAUACGAACUUCUAUCCAACGACGAUGCAAAUCUCGCAGGAAUUUCUUCUUCUCUCCCAUGA